GUUAGAAGCCGUGACUAAUCAGGUGUGACGAUGCUAGUUGCCGCGCCGCGUCAAGGUCCCCGCACUUUUCUGGGACCCUGUUAACGCAUUGCGCGGGCGGCUUGGGGACUUUGCACCUUAUACUUGUCACUGUGUUAACCGGCCUAACUUCACUUGUGACCGGGCUCCUCGUCUUAGCGCCGGAGGAGCCAACAUGCCGGUCCGUACCGAGUCGUGCUGUUGCUCCUCCGCGGCCUUCAUAGCGUCGGCCUCACUCAUCCCGCCGCCCCCGAUCAACACUCAACAGCCCGGCGUUGCCACUUCGCUUCUGUAUAGCGGGUCGAAAUUCCGUGGUCACCAGAAAAGCAAAGGCAAUUCCUACGACGUAGAAGUGGUCCUGCAGCAUGUAACCAUGGAAGAUUCCUAUCUUUGCGGGUAUCUGAAAAUCAAAGGACUCACUGAGGAAUACCCAAUGUUGACCACUUUUUUUGCCGGAGAGAUCAUUAGUAAGAAACAUCCAUUUCUAACCCGCAAGUGGGAUGCUGAUGAAGAUGUGGAUCGCAAGCACUGGGGCAAGUUUCAAGCUUUCUAUCAAUAUGCAAAAAUAUUUAAUUCUGAUGACUUUGACUAUGAGGAGUUGAAGAACAGUGACUACGUAUUCAUGAGGUGGAAGGAGCAGUUCCUUGUUCCUGACCACACCAUCAAGGACAUUAGUGGUGCUUCAUUUGCUGGAUUUUAUUAUACCUGCUUCCAGAAGUCCACUGCCACCAUAGAGGGAUACUACUAUCACAGGAGUUCAGAAUGGUACCAGUCUCUGAACCUCACCCAUGUUCCUGAGCACAGUGCCCCAAUCUACGAGUUUCGGUGACACCCGCUGACACCAAGUACUGGCAGAGAACACAGUGGAUCCCUUGGCAGUUCUGAACACAAUGUAAAAAAAGUUCAACAGCUAAAUGUGAAGAAACCGUUGCUGCUGACAGAGCGGAGACACAGUAGCUGUGACCAGGGGGUGGGUGGGGGCUUAGCGAUGGGUUAAAGGUCACAGGACAGGAGUGUGUGUGUGUGAGAUCAGGGGCUUGCACGGCAGUUUAACAUUUUAUCUGGGUUUAAAGAGACUUGGGUUGAUUUGCACUCUGCCACUUUUUCUCUGGUUUCUAUUUGUAGAUCUUGUUAUCUCUCGACUCCCCUGCCACCAAAUGAAAGAUGAAAAAGUAGAAAGUGCUCGCUACUCCUGACCAUAUGCCAAUUAAAAUCUUUCUGUUCUGAAAGUAGGUGACAUCAGCAGGAGGUGAAUGCGGUAAGCCCAAUAGCUCAGUGUGGCCUUCAGCGCUUGUGGUGUUAACAGCCCUGACAUCUGCUGCCUCUUCCAUUACUGCCAGUCGUGGAUGCUGGUACGAGUGUAGACACAAGCACUCGAGCAGAUCGAUUUGUGACUGCUGAGUGGAGACUCUGGCACUGCAGUGAACAUUUCCAGCGCUGCCUUGUGUAAACUUUGGCAUUAGAUUAGAAGUAAUUAAUAAUGGCCAAACGUGGACUCUUUGACACUAGAACAUAUGGCUCCAUUUCUGUCAGGCCAGUUCUUUAACGCAAAAAUCUGUGCAUCUUUCUCGUCAACUCGUGAUAUGGAUGCUGUGUGCUAAGAGUCUUCCUAAGAGGACCAUAUGGCAGACUGUACCCCAACAACAGAAGUGCCCACUGCGUAUGACUACAGUAUGGGUACAAAAAGGCCAGCACAGUUACAACCAGUGAGAUUGUGGACAGCAGUCCUUGUGGAGUGUGUGGUGGGUAGGUCAGCUCCUCUUCAUUGAGCUUGCCUUGUGUAUUCACACAUGCUUUCAGUCUCCAGCAAAGGUGUAUCUAUGCAACAGGAGCAUACUGGGGAAGUCAAGGAGGUCCCAGUGCCCUGUCUACUGGCCUUUUUGAGUGAUUUUACUUAUUUAUUUAUUUAUAUUUUUUUUUAAA